GGCCUUCCCGAGCUGCUGGUGAAACGGGUGGUGGCCCAGCUGGCAGGAGCUCUGGAUUUCCUCCACAGCCGGGGGCUGGUCCAUGCAGAUGUCAAGCCGGACAACGUGCUGGUCUUCGACCCGGUCUGCAGCCGUGUGGCCCUGGGAGACCUGGGUCUGACCCGGCCGGAGGGCAGCCCGACCCCUGCCCCACCAGGGCCUCUGCCCACGGCACCACCCGAGCUCUGCCUCCUGCUACCGCCCGACACUCUGCCUCUGCGGCCAGCCGUGGACUCCUGGGGCCUGGGGGUGCUUCUCUUCUGUGCUGCCACUGCCUGUUUCCCGUGGGACGUGGCACUGGCCCCCAACCCUGAGUUUGAGGCCUUCGCUGGCUGGGUGACCACCAAGCCCCAGCCACCUCGGCCACCACCACCCUGGGACCAGUUUGCACCCCCCGCCAUGGCCUUGCUUCAGGGGCUUCUGGACCUGGAUCCUGAGACUAGGAGCCCCCCACUGGCUGUCCUGGACUUCCUGGGGGACAACUGGGGGUUGCAGGGGAACAGAGACGGCCCCGGGGUUUUGGGGAGCGUGUCCUAUGAGGACGGGGAGGAGGGAGGCUCAAGCCUGGAGGAGUGGACAGAUGACGGCGAUGAUGGCAAAAGUGGCGGGAGGACGGGGACAGAUGGGGGAGCUCCCUGACCAGGUGACAGAGACAGGUGGCCAGAGCCUGGGCCAGAGGCCCUUCCCCCAGCCCCCAGGGCCACCUGGAUGGAGAGACAGCUGCACCCGGGAGGACAGAGAGGGAACACAUUGCACUCUCCCUACGGCACGCUGGGCUUGGACGCGCAUUUCUCUUCCAACCAAGGACCCAAGAGUCCAGCUCCUGCCCCUCCUCUCUCAGACGCAGGGGUCCAGGCUCCCAGCCCUUCCUCCCUCAAGGACCUUUCCUCUUCCCUCU